UUGCCGCUUCCCCAGCCACUUGCGGUGCACGCGCGGGAUAGAGUAGAGCCCGGUGGAGUCAUGGGGCACCCACCACUGCCACGCUUCACGUACUGCGUGGCGCUGCUGCCCGCUAUCCCGGAUCGCCCUUGCCGCUGGCUCCAGGCCGCGACCGCCCUGGUCCUGGUCGCCGUCGUCGUGGUCCUGGGCAUUCUCGUACUCACCCGCCCCGGCCCUUCGGACAGCGCCUCGCAGACCGCGCUGGAUACGAACAAGGCUACCACAACCACCGCCGCCGCCACCACCACCACCACCACCAUGACAACCUUCACCGUGCCUUCCACCACCGACUCCACCCCGUUGGUUGGCAGCACGUCCAAACGCCCCUUUGAAGCGGAAGUCCUGGUGUCUCGAGGUGAAUGGCGUGCCAGGGGGGCCAGGAACCCGGGGUCGGUGCUGAUGACGCCCGUGAUGGACGUCAUCGUCCAGCACACGGCGGGCUACCAGUGCGCGACCAGGGCGGAGUGCAGCGCAGAGGUGUUACGAAUCCAAGACUCACAAAUGGACUGGCGGCACCGUCCGCAACCGUUCAGUGAUAUCGGCUACAACUUCCUGGUCGGCGGCGACGGCCACGCGUACUGGGGUCGGGGCUGGGACACCGUCGGCGCCCACACCUAUGGCUGGAACACGAAGUCCAUCGGCGUGGGCAUCAUCGGCACCUUCACGAACGAGACGGCGCCGCCCGCCCUGCAGAGCGCGCUGCGCCGGCUGCUCGAGUGGGGCGUGUCUCUGGGGAAGCUGACCGGGAACUACAAGAUCAUGGGCGCCUGCCAAGUGCAGUCCUCGGACAGCCCGGGGUGGAGCUUCAUGGAGGACCUGCGCACCUGGUCGCACUGGAGCAACUACACGUCAGUGCCCUGGGCUUGCAUGACGUAAGAGGACAUGGACAUUGGCGACGGCUAAAACGUCGCUGUCCAACCAAAGAUAGCUGCAAAAACAGCAAUCAAGUAUCCUUAUUGUACCUAGCGUCGAUUUAAAUUUUAUUUUUAUGAGAAACCCCUCUGAUGUUGGCUAAUAAGGCUUAAGAAUAAUAAAAAUAAAAACAACU